AUGCAAGAACUUGGAUGGAUAAAGAGGCACCAAAUCAAACAAAGGGACAACGCUUUCUCUACCUACCCACCACCCCAAAUCGUGCCCGAUUUUCAGAAGGAACCCACCGUUCGAGCAUCAUCCGGAUCCAAAAUAAGCCCGGCCCUCCUUUUCAUCAUAGUCAUCCUGGCCGUGCUUUUCUUCAUAUCCGGCAUUCUCCACUUGCUUGUCCGAUUCCUAACCAAGAACAACAAUUCUUCAUCAUCGCUCGCCGGCCGGAGGAGCCCGGAACCUUCCGGUGGCUCCGGCCCGGAAAACACGCUCCAGAGGCAACUUCAGCAGCUCUUUCACCUUCAUGACUCCGGCUUGGACCAGACUUUCAUAGACUCGCUGCCCGUUUUCUCGUACAAGGAGAUUGUGGGCCCCACGGAGGAGCCCUUCGACUGUGCUGUCUGUCUGUGUGAAUUCACGGGAAACGAUCAGCUGCGGCUGCUCCCCACGUGCAGCCACGCGUUCCACGUCAGCUGCAUCGACACGUGGCUCCUCUCGAACUCGACUUGCCCGUUAUGCAGAGGGGCCCUUUUCAAUAACCCGGGUUUCUCGAUCGAGAACCCGGUUUUUGAUUUUUGUGAUUUUCGGGAGGAGGAUGAUGAUGUGGAUGAGAACCGGUUCGCGAUUUCGACUCGCAAGCGCGUCGAAAUCGAGGAGGAGGUUGUGUUGGGAAAGAAGGGAGUUUUUCAGGUUAGGCUCGGAAAGUUCCGGAAGUUACACGAGAAUAAUGAAGGUGGGGUGGUUGAGAAUGGGGAAACUAGCGCUAGCAGUAGUAAAUUGGACGAGAGAAGGUGUUUUUCGAUGGGUUCGUAUCAAUAUGUGGUGGGUGAUAAUCUUAAGGUUGCUUUGGGCCAAAAUCAGGUUAAACGUGGUGUUUUUAAGGAAAACUCGAGCACGGAGGGGAAAAGGAUAGGUAUUGGCUCGAAAAUGGAUAGCUAUUCGGUUUCGAAGAUUUGGCUUUGGUCGAAAAAGGGUAAACUCGGAAGCUCGUCUGGCGAAAGAUUUGAGGGCUCGUCUCCUACGAAUGUGGACUUGCCGGCGUGGAUGCGUAGAACAGAAGGCAUCUAA